AUGCCGGGGCCCGCGGCCCGCGGGGAGGAGGGCGGCGGUGGCGAGGGCGCGGCCCCGGGUGCCGCGGCCGAGCCUGGGGCAGGGCCGGGGCGGGAGCCGGCGCGGCUGUGCGGGUACCUGCAGAAGCUGUCCGGUAAGGGCCCGCUGCGCGGCUACCGCAACCGCUGGUUCGUGUUCGACGCGCGCCGCUGCUACCUCUACUACUUCAAGAGCCCGCAGGACGCGAUGCCCCUCGGCCACCUGGACAUCGCAGACGCCUGCUUCAGCUACUCGGGCCCCGACGAGGCGGCCGAGCCCGGCGCCGAGCCGCCCGCGCACUUCCAGGUGCGCAGCGCGGGAGCCGUCACGGUGCUCAAGGCCCCUAAUCGUCAACUCAUGACUUACUGGUUACAAGAACUUCAGCAGAAGAGAUGGGAAUAUUGCAACAGCCUUGACAUGGUAAAGUGGGACAGCAGGACCUCCCCGACCCCUGGAGAUUUUUCUCAGGGUCUCGUGGCCAGAGAUAACACAGAUUUAAUUAACCUGCACUCAAAUGCUUCUGCAGAAAAAGCCAGAAAUGUCCUAGCUGUGGAAGCCGCCCCUGGGGAGCUGGUAGGAGAGCAAGCUGCAAAUCAGCCCACCCCAGGGCCUCCAAAUUCUAUUAACUUCUCUUUUAAACAGUGGGGCACGGAGCUCAGAAAUUCAAUGUCUUCUUUCCGUCCUGGGAGAGGGCAUAAUGAUAGUCGGAGGAGUGUGUUUUACACCAAUGAAGAGUGGGAGCUUCUAGAGCCGAGCCCUAAGGAACUGGAGGAGUCCAUGAUGCAGGAAGAAAGGAAGAAGCAGGUCCCUGAAGGCAACAAAGGAAUAACUGGCUCAGGAUUUCCCUUUGAUUUCGGACGUAUUCCCUAUAAAGGAAAGCGCCCUUUGAAAGAAAUGAUUGGAUCAUACAAAAAUCGCCACAGUAUUGGUGACCCUUCACCUGAGGUGCCAUCAGGCAGUGGCAGCACCAGCAAGCCGGCCUCUGAGAUGCAGCUGCUUGUCCAGAACCAGCAGGAAGAGCUAGAAAGGUUAAGAAAGGACUUAGCCAGUCAGAAGGAGCUCGUGCGGCUGCUGCAGCAGACGGUGCGGUCCUCCCAGUACGACAAGUACUUCACAAGCAGCCGCCUCUGUGACGGGGUCCCGCAGGACACACUGGGGCUUCUGCAUCAGAAGGACGACCAGAUUCUGGGCCUCACCAACCAGCUGGAGAGGUUCAACCAGGAGAAGGACAGUCUUCAGCAGGAAGUGAGGAUGCUGAAGAGCAAAGUGGGUGAGCUCAGCGAGCGGCUGGGGAUGCUGAUGGAGACCAUCCAGGCCAAGGACGAGGUCAUCAUGAAGCUCUCCCGGCAGCUCAGCGAGUGCGAGGGCAGCGCGUCCUCCCCCACCUGUGUGCCCGGCUCUCCCGCGGCCGCCCCCGCGGGCCGGGACCAGCUGGAACUGGACUGGCUGAAAGAUAAUCUACAGGGGUACAAAACCCAAAAUAAAUUUCUAAAUAAGGAAAUCUUGGAACUUGCAGCUCUACGGAGAAAUGCAGAAAGAAGAGAGAGGGAUCUGAUGGCAAAGUAUUCUAGCCUGGAAGCCAAGCUCUGCCAGAUAGAAAGCAAAUACUUGAUACUGCUCCAAGAAAUGAAGACCCCAGUUUGCUCAGAAGAACAGGGGCCUGCUCGGGAUGUCAUAGCCCAGCUGCUGGAGGACGCUCUGCAGGUUGAGAGUCCAGAGCAUCCAGAGCAAGCGUUCAUUAAACCUCAUCUUGUCAGUGAAUAUGACAUUUAUGGGUUUAAGACUGUCCCAGAGGAUGACGAGGAAGAGAAGUUGGUCGCCAAAGUCCGGGCAUUGGACCUGAAGACCCUCUACCUCACAGAAAACCAGGAGGUCUCCACUGGGGUCAAGUGGGAAAACUACUUUGCGAGCACAGUGAACAGGGAGAUGACGUGUUCCCCAGAAUUAAAGAACCUGGUCCGUGCGGGCAUCCCACACGAGCACCGUUCCAAGGUGUGGAAGUGGUGUGUGGACCGUCACAUCAAGAAGUUCAAGGACAGCACUCAGCCCGGUUACUUCCAGACUUUGCUUCAGAAGGCGCUGGAGAAACAGAACCCGGCCUCCAAGCAGAUAGAGCUGGACCUGCUGCGGACUCUGCCCAACAACAAGCAUUACUCGUGCCCCACCUCGGAAGGCAUUCAGAAGCUGCGCAACGUCCUGCUCGCCUUCUCCUGGCGGAAUCCAGACAUCGGCUACUGCCAGGGUCUCAACAGAUUGGUGGCCGUGGCCCUCCUGUACCUGGAACAAGAAGAUGCCUUCUGGUGUCUCGUCACCAUAGUGGAAGUUUUCAUGCCUCGAGACUAUUACACAAAGACUCUUUUAGGAUCCCAGGUGGACCAGCGGGUGUUCAGAGACCUCAUGAGCGAGAAGCUGCCUCGACUGCACGCCCACUUUGAACAGUACAAAGUCGACUACACCCUCAUCACAUUCAACUGGUUCCUGGUGGUGUUUGUGGAUAGCGUUGUCAGCGACAUCCUCUUUAAAAUAUGGGACUCUUUCCUUUAUGAGGGACCAAAGGUUAUCUUCCGCUUUGCCCUGGCACUUUUUAAAUACAAGGAAGAGGAGAUCCUGAAACUUCAGGAUUCAAUGUCCAUAUUCAAGUACCUCCGUUACUUCACACGCACUAUCCUGGAUGCUAGGAAGCUGAUCGGGAUCUCCUUUGGGGACCUGAACCCAUUCCCCCUGCGGCAGAUCCGGAACCGGCGGGCCUACCACUUGGAGAAGGUCCGGCUGGAGCUGACGGAGCUGGAGGCCAUCCGGGAGGACUUCCUGCGCGAACGGGACACCAGCCCGGACAAGGGCGAGCUGGUCAGUGAUGAGGAAGAGGACACCUGA